AUGAGCUCUCACGCCUGUUUCGUAAUUUUAUUGCGUAUCUGUUGCAUAUUAGUAGCAACUGUGGCGACUACAACAACGACGGUAGCUACAACACCUAGCACAGCAACAGACAGGACAACCACAACUCCUGUGACAACAGAAGCUGCAACCACGACUCCUCUACAGACAACAACAUACGAGCCAUCCACGAAAACUACAACUACACAGGAGCCUUCAACCACCUACAUUGAAACAACAACAUCUGCUAAAACAUCUGCAAGUGUAACAACAGACGUUGAAACUACAACUCCUAUGACAACAGAAGUUACAACCACGACACCUCUACAGACAACAACAUACGAGCCAUCUACGGAAGCUACAACGGCAUCAUUUGAACCCUCAACAACCUACAUGACAACGACAAAGCCUGCUACAGCAUCUCCAAGUGUAACAACAGACAUUGUAACUACAGAUACUGUAACAACGGCAGCUACAACACUUUUACAGACAACAACAUUUGAGUUAUCCACGGAAGGUACAACAACUACAUUGGAGCCUUCAACUACCUACUUGGAAACGUCAACAGCAAUUACAACACAGGAGACAACGCAAGAGGCCACCACAGCAGCUGCUACAACGUUGGAGUAUACAACAACACGGCCUACAACUUCAACAACUAUCACUACUAGUACGCAACAAGUGUUUAUGACAACGGAACCUAUAACAGCCCCUGUUGUAACAACUGACGUAACAACACUUGAACGUACAACAGAAUCUGAAACAACUUCGGCUGUACCAACAACGAUCGCUACAACUCAACAACCGUCUUCUCCAGAACCAACUUCAACAUUAGAAGAAACGACAGAAGACUUGUCCACACAUUCUCCAACUACAGUCGAUACCACUACAGAGAUCACUACAGACGAGGCUACAACUCAUGUUACAACAACCGCCUCGCCAAUAGUUAUCUCAUCAGUAUCUACAACAACAAUUUCGCAGUCAACAGUCGCGAAAGAGACUACAACCGCAUCGCAUUCACCGUCUACAGCAAGCACAGACGUCGACGUCCCCACUACACAACCACCAGAUACAACGUCAUUGUCUACAACAAAGCAGCCCCAAAUUCACACAACCAAGCAAAGUACAAACAAACCUGAAGCGUCCACAGCAACCCGAUCUACCCCAAGGCCUGGACCAACAAAGCCGUCAACGGGAAAGCCGACCACGGGAAAGGCGCCCCCGUGCGGAAAAGACUGUACGACAGUGCCUGAUUACAAAGUGACGGGGAAAUCGGAGGCACAGGGGGGUCUGUCUAUAGGGAUCAUCGUUGGGGCAGGAGCUGGCGGAGCGGUAGUGGUUAUACUGGUCGUUGUGAUCAUCAUCGUCGCUGUCAAGUGUAGAAGAAGCAACACUAACAGACAGAAGGAUUCAGAAUGGGAAGUCGCCAACCCGAUGUACGAUGUAUCUAUGGGGCCGACGAAAAAUGGAAACAACAACAACAAGAAAGGAGGAAAGACGGACGACGAUUUCUACACCUUCAAUAUGGACACAAGCAACGUAUAGACGAUGGAUCAGUCCAUCUCUUCAACUUUCUCAAGUUCACGUCAAGAAAAAUCGCAAAUUCUAUCAGCACAGACACAAUCUUUUCAUUUAUGAUAAUUCUAGCAUCACAAUGCAGUUAGAUAGUCCAUUACAAAUAUUAUAUUUCCAUGUUUUGCUUAAUUCGACUAUAAACUAUUAACAAGUAAGACUAAACAUCUUGUUUGGCAAUGUGUUUUAUGCUUGUACAUAACAUGUUUUAUACUGCAAUACAGCUAGUUGUCUUGUUACGCACUUAGCUUUGUACAAUAUUGCAAAGACCUCUAUGGACGGCCUAGUCACUUCUCUUUAUAUGUCCCUAUACAUGGCAUCGUCUUAACACAUUUUUACGUAUACAUUAUAUCCAGCUAGUUAACUACAAUAUCAAGCUUGUAUGGGAAUUUGUAAAUAUCACUGUUUCAAUGCAUGUGUGCAUUCACCUUUUAUUAAAAUGUU